CCCGGGUCGGCGGCGAGACAUGCCCGUGCCAGGCGCCGCACCGACCUCGACUUCUCUGUAAGCGGCGGAAGGAAUCAUGGUCAGUAAGGACACCGGCAAAUGCGCACUUACGACGUCAGAGACCGAAGUCGAACCCGCCGCCUGCCUGGCCCUGGAGAUGAAAUACGCCCUGGAUCCCAACCGGCAGAUUAAAAAGCGGAAUAAAGCCCUGCAGGUGCGGUUUAAGGACAUUUGCGAGGCGCAGAAUGAGCAGAGGGACGCGCAGCUGUCGGCGGGACAGCCGGGUGAGAAGCGGGAGGCGAGGCCCUUGUCCUACCGAGCGGCCCACCGCAAGUACAUGACCGUGCCCGCGCGGAGGUCCAUCCCCAACGUCACCAAGAGCACGGGCGUGCAGACCUCGCCAGACCUGAAAAAGUGUUACCAGACCUUCCCCCUGGACCGCAAAAAAGGGAAUCUCAAAAGCAUCCCGGCUGCGGAUGCCUUUAAAAGUCAAAACAAUGGGUUCGUGGCUGAGAAGCAAGAGGAAGGGCUGGGGGAUGAAGCCCGGCCCUGGGGUGCCGGCCGGGUGCACAAGACGGCGGCCUUGGUGUUCCAUUCCGAGGAACACGUGAAUGAGCUGGACCAGCCCGCCGGGCUCAACUGUGCAGAGCCAGGCGAGACCCCCGAUGCGCACGGCUGCCGAGAGGACCCUCUCGGAGACUCCGCUCGGCCCCCCUCCCAGGAGCCCGACCACCAGCUGCACGGGACAGCAAAGCACGGCAUGGCAACCCCGGACACGGAGGAGGCCACUCCGCCGGCCCAUGGGACGGUGUUCAAAACGGAGGUGGCUGCCGUUUAUGCACCUGCCCCCGGCGCGAAGGCCCUGGAGGCCGCGUUGUCAGACUCUGCCACCGGCAGCGAGUGGCCGCCGUGCCCCGUGGCCGACCAGGGGCGGAGGAGAGCCUCGCGCCUCAAUGGGCACCAGGGACUCGCCGCAGCCCGCUCGCCCCAGAAGCUGUGCCUGUCCCCCGAGGGCAGCGAGCGGCCCCUGCGGCCCCGGGCGCCGCCGGAGGAGGAGAGCCAGCCUUGUGGCGCGGCGGCCGCUGCGGGUGGAGAAUCCCGACAAAUCGUGCCUCACACGGAAGUCGUCGACCUGAAAGCACAGCUCCAGGUGAUGGAGGACCUGAUCAGCUCAAGCCAGGAAACCAUCAAAGUGCUCUUGGGGGUCAUUCAGGAGUUGGAGAAAGGAGAGGCCCAUCGGGAAGGGCUUUCAUAUCGGACUGGGCAAGACACAGCUAAUUGUGACACAUGCAGGAACAGUGCAUGUAUUAUCUAUAGUGUGGAGCUGGACUUUAAGCAGCAAGAAGACAAGCUCCAGCCAGUUCUGAGGAAACUCCAUCCUUUUGAGGAAACUCAGGUCGCACCUUCGCCUUACGCUCAGGAGCCCUACUCCGCAACUCCCAAGCAAAAAUCCAAACCCGAAUCUAAAAAGCAUGGAAGAUGGAAACUCUGGUUUCUUUAAAACUCAUGGUGUUUGGAGUCCC